GCAACCACCUCCGGCGCCAAAUAGAACUGGCAGACAUAGACAUUCAGUACAAGAAGAAAAAGAUGGAAAAUCUUGCACUGGAGUCCGAAAUAAAAAAGAGGACAAUUAGGAAACUGGACCUUGAAAUAAAAAAACUUGAGAGGGAGCUCCAAGAAGAUGACACAGCUCAAAAUAAAAAUUAGCAAUCAGUACAACCAAGUCAUCGUUAUAAGGCAUCGCCCUCUUUUGCCCACCCCCCCAGCACCAGGUGUGGCCACUAGCCUAUAUGAAGGCCCAAAAUUGUGUGUUCCUUUCUGCUCUGACAAUGGCAUGCCCAUUCGUGCGAGAUGUGGUGGAUGAAGAAGCACUUGUGCUGAGGAGAGCCUUCAGGCGAGAAAGGGUCUUCAGGGACUGGUUGGACCCACUGGCCUUCCCUGACGACCAUCUAUAUGAAAGAUACAGGUUUUCUGCAAAUGGCAUCAGGUAUCUAUGCAGACUACUGGGUCCCAGGAUUAAGCACCGCACUGCACGGAGCCAUGCACUGAGUGUGGAGCAAAUGGUUUGUGUGGCCUUGCGCUUUUUUGCUAGUGGAGCCUUCCUGUACUCAGUGGGGGAUGCAGAACAGCUGAACAAGGCCACAAUUUGCCGCACAAUAAGGAGUGUGUGUCUGGCUAUCAAAGCAUUAGCAGAUGUCUUCAUCUCCUUCCCUGGCCACAGAAGACUCUGUGACAUCAAAGAGGAGUUCUAUAGGAUUGCAGGUUUCCCCAAUGUCAUUGGUGCAGUGGACUGCACACACAUAAGGAUAAAAGCCCCCUCAGGUGCCCAUGAGGCCGAUUUUGUGAAUAGGAAAUCCUUUCACAGCAUUAAUGUUCAGAUGGUCUGCAAUGCUGACUGUGUGAUCAGCAAUGUUGUGGCAAAAUGGCCUGGCUCAGUCCAUGACUCCAGAAUCUUUCGGGCCUCUGAAAUCUAUCAGUGCCUAUCACAAGGUGAAUUCUCUGGUGUGUUGCUGGGAGACAGGGGGUAUGGCUGCCAGCCUUUUCUCCUGACACCUUUCACAGACCCCCAGGAAGCACAGCAGGCCUACAACCAUGCCCAUGCCAGGACCAGGGCCAAAGUUGAAAUGACCUUUGGCCUCCUGAAGGCACGCUUUCACUGCCUUCACAAAUUAAGGGUCAGCCCUGUUAGGGCAUGUGAUAUUACUGUGGCUUGUGCUGUCCUCCACAAUGUGGCCUGCCUGAGGAAGGAGAGGGCCCCAGAGUGCCACCAGCCAUGGACUGGGACAAUCCGGCAAUCUUCCCUGAUGACGACAGUGGUCGGCUGCUGAGGGACCAAUAUGUGUUGAAUUAUUUUAGUUAGUAUGUGUGCUUUCAAUUUUGGUUAAAUAUGUCCUGCGGUGGCAGAGGAAUUUGGUUUUUUUUGGGUUCGUUUUUUUACGAAUUUGGCCUCUUAUGAUGUUUGUGCGGUAUACUGUGUGUAAUACAAGGCUGCAGGGAGGCUACUGCAUCCAUUCAUUUGUCUGUUCAGUUGAUGUGUAUGGAUUUGUCCUGCAUUUAUUUUAGUGUGCAG